UCUGCACCUAAACGUUUCUAGAACAAAGCCUGGAUAAAAAACCUCUGAAGUUACAUUCCACACUGAAGACAGACAGACAGACGACGAGAGACAGAGAUGCUUCUGAUCGCGUUCUUCAGAGGUUUGCUGGUGCUGGGUCUGGUCACAUCAUUGCAUGGACUGAAGAAAGGUUCGAAGAACCGAGCGAGGCUGGGGAAAGGCUCCGGCCCAGAGGACACCACGUUUCUCUAUCUGGAUUCUAAAAUAGCCACCCCCACCCUCUCAGUGUCCUCUGUAGCCAACAGGUCCCUGUCUCCAUGGACAUUCAGGAACUCCCAUGUUAAGAACCGGUUUCCUGAAUACAUUGCCCAGGCUCAGUGCCAGAUGUCUGGCUGUCUAACGCCUGACGGAAGGGAGGACUUGUCCAUGGAGUCCAAACCCAUUCUGUAUCAGAUCCUGGUGCUACACAGAGUUGAGAAAGACGAUGGCCGCAAAGAGAAGAGGAAGAAAGGGAAUGUGAAGAAGAACAGGAAGGGGAAGAGAUAUUUCUACACACUGAAAACAGAGAUUGUUACAGUGGGCUGUACCUGUGUGAGGCCAAUCCAGCUACCUCAUUACUAG